GUUUAAAGAAGAGAUUGGAAAGAGAAAUGUAACUGUGGGAGCUGAAAUACUGUUUGAUAUUGAUAGCUCAUCACCUGAUAUCAUUUGGGAGUCACUAAAGGACAUUCGGAUCUUCGUUGUUUUCGCUCCUCACAUGGGUUCAAUUGGCAUGUUACCUCUUCAGUAUAUGUUGUGUAAGUUGUACAAGCACGGAUACUACGGAAGACAUCACGUGAUACUAUCUUACUACCCAACUGUUCAAGAGCAAUGGGAUUCUGUUGAUGAGACAAAUUUCGAAUGUUCACGAUCACAAAUGUUCGAGGUUCUUCAAGGUGCCUUGGGUUGUUCCCUAUCAGUGUCAACCCUUCUUGAGAAAUACGACAACGAGCGGCAUUUCAAAACAAACCAGACAUAUACUGAGUUGAGAUAUAUUGUUAAGCCAAGGAGCAAUGAUGAAGUGAGACGGUACUAUCAGUCAUUUUUGUAUGAUACCAUUUGGGCAACGGCAUUGGCUAUUAACAAAACCAUACAGGAUUAUGGAGGCGUCAAUGAAGUUAAGAAUUAUAAAUUCAAUGAAGACAGCACUAAGCUUUUAUUGAAUUCUCUGUAUGAUAGUCUCCUAAAAGUCGACUUUCAAGGAAUAUCGGGUCAUUUCUAUUAUAACAAUACUCGGGGCUUCAGACAGUUCAAGACCUAUAUUGGACUUUUUGGUUCUGAAGGUGAAUUGUCGACAAGCAUUGGUUAUGUUGUCGUGGAUAAAAAAGAGGUUGCAAUAACUCAGCCUGAUGACAUUAUAUGGAAAUCAAAAGGU